AUGACCCACCGCUCAACUGCUCUCCUUAGUUGUCCGAAUCGGCUUUUAUUCAGCAACGGUUCCUCGUCGGUCUUUGUCAAUGCAAAGCAAAUAAACCAGACCAGGACGUUUCUCGACUCUUUACUCAGCUCAGCCCUAGGACCUUGCCCACUACGCUCGCUCUCGCAUACCAAGCUGCUACCAUAUUCAUCCGUGGUAAUUUUCAAAACCGUGUCCGAUGUCUCUGGCUAUCCCACAUUUCUCCCAUUUACGAUAUCAUCGAAUGUCUCCUCAAGAGAUUCAGCAGGGUAUCCAACUCGCGCCAAGCUAAAAGUGGGAUAUGCAAAGUUCGGAUUGGAGGAGGAUUGGGACAGUAUUGUCCAGUGCGAUCCCAAACAUGGAAUUGUUGAAGCACGGAGUAGUGAGGAAAACAGUAACGGGCUUUUCGAAGUCUUGAACACGAAAUGGCACAUCGCGCCGUCCAAAGACCCUGGAGAGGACAAAACAUCUGUCCAGUUGAACAUCACCGUCAAAUUCCGAAACCUACUCCACGAUCAAAUGUUUGCCCAGGUGGAAGAAAAGGUUGCGAGCACUAUGAUUUCAGCAUUUGAGAAGAGAGUUGAAGAGCUGCACCAAGGAAAAUGA